AUGAUGAAGUCUAUGCUUUACUUUCUUCUUGCCUUAACCACGGUUUUAGCUUUAGCUGCGACCGCAUCUGGCUUCGAUUACGAACCCGUUCUCGACACCAGCGGCAAGAAAGUAAUCGGCGGCCGCAGUUACUACCUUAUCCCCGCCGUCCCUGGCAAAGGAGGCGGCCUAGAGUGGUGGAAUAACGUUGAAUCCGUUCCCCAAAGUGAGUCACUUCAUAUCGAGAUGGACAUAUGGGGCAGUGACGCCAACAUGACCUGUUGCCGCCAAACUAGCUGGAAAGUCGACGGUAACUACGACAAGGAGAGGAAGCAGUUUUUCGUGAUGGCUUCUUCGAAGGACAGGUUUUCCUCGAGUACCUUCGAUUUGAAGAAAACUGGAGAUGCGUACAAGAUCAUGUUUUGUCCUUCUAUUGAUUGUGCUGCAAGUAACAGCAAACUUUGCGGUUCGGGGUGCAGCGAUAUCGGGAUAUUCGUGGAUGAAAAGGGCGUUCGGCGUUUGGCUUUUAGCUCUAAGCCUCACUUGGUUAAGUUUAAGAGGUUUGUGCCUGGUCUGCCACAGGGUUUGUCUAAGACCAUAUGA